CUUUUCUUCCCGUCCUAAGAAGCCUAUGUUUUCAUUAAGCAUCUUUUACUCGUUGGCAUUAUCUAGUAACUAUUAAUAUGUCUUUAAUUGUUUCCAGAAGAGUGCAGCUUCCGGACUUAUGUACAAGAUGUAACUGAGUACGAAUACAAGCUGCACUAAUAAUUCAAACUAGAUACGAGAUAAGCAAGCUAUCAGACUAUCAACCCUAGAAGCCAUACCAUUAGAUACCAUCCCGUAUCACCCUGGAGUUCCCCCCCCCCCCUGGCUUCAUCGCGGGGGGAGUCAGGAACGCCCCACUCCCAAUUUCUCAUGGAUCUUCAAUAAUUUGGCGUCCUAUGUAGCGUGACCAUUACCUGCCCGAGCUCCAAUAUUGCCAGGCGGUGAAAGGGGGUAAAUUACCAAGAUAGUCUAACUUUAGGGUCCUUCAGUAUAGCGAUUACAGCUUGCAUAAAACCAUCUUGCCAUCUUGCCAUCAUGUCCGAAGCUACAACGAAGCCCUUAUUGGGCAAUGUCCUCGUCAUCGGUGGCUGUGGUUUCCUCGGCCACCACGUCGUGAACAUUCUCCUACGCGACUGGAAGUGCACCGUUUCCGUUGUCGAUCUCAAGUGCCAACGCAACCGAAGACCCGAAUCCGAUGGUGUCCAGUACGUAGAGGUCGACAUCACCGACGCCGAUGGCUUAGUCAAAGUCUUUGGGAAGCUGAAACCCGAUGUUGUUAUACACACUGCCUCGCCACCUGCGCAGGGUCUCGGUGCUGUUGCGAACGAGGUAUUCAAGAAGGUUAAUGUGGAUGGGACCCGCGCUGUGAUCGCCGCCUGCCAGCAGAACGGUGUCAAGGCGUUGGUAUAUACAAGUUCUGCCAGCGUCAUGAGCAAUAAUAAGGAUGAUCUAAUAAAUGCGAACGAGGACUACCCUGUCAUCCGUGGUAAAAUGCAGACAGAAUACUACUCCGAGACAAAGGCACAUGCCGAGGAACUUGUCUUAAAAGCGAAUCGCGUCGAAGGGUCCGACCUCCUGACUGCAGCUAUCCGACCAUCCGGCAUCUUCGGCGAGGGCGACGUACAAUUAGUCUUCCACACAGUCAAGAUCUACCGCGAGGGCAAGGAUAAGAUACAAGUUGGUCUCAACCAAAACCUAUUCGACUUCACAUACGUUGAGAACGUAGCCCACGCCCACCUCCUCGCCGCCCGCGCCCUACUAGUCACUCACGCCGCCUCCACCGCGCCCCUCAACCACGAGAAAGUCGACGGCGAGGCCUUCAUAAUCACCAACGACAGCCCCGUCUACUUCUGGGACUUGAUGCGUGCUAUAUGGCGGGCCGCCGGAUCGGAGAAGGGCACCGACCACGUGUGGGUGAUGAGCCGGGAGAUGGGUAUCCUGCUCGGAUACUUGAGCGAGGUGUUCUUCGGGAUCCUGAAAAAAGCUCCGACUUUCAACCGGCAGCGGAUCAUCUAUAGCACCAUGACGAGAUACUACGAUAUUUCGAAGGCGAAGCGCCGGCUCGGAUACCAGCCUCUGGUAAGCCUGAGCGAAGGCGUCAAAAGGACAGUUAAAUGGGCUCUAGAACAGGAGAAGAACGCCGCACCAGCAAAAUCGUGAGAUUUGUCUUAGUAGAUACUGUCGGAUUUGUAUUACAUAUAUAGGUAGAAGCUGGAAAACUUAAUAGUACACUAAUUUAUACGAGAUUUAUGUUGUGGAUGACUUAAUAUUGAGGAUAUCUGGGGUUAUUGAGUUUACCUAUGAUGAGUUGAAUGAUGGGCAACACGAACCUUGUCCUCCUUUCUCAUACAUUUUACUUUGAUAUACAGGGUGUGUGUAGACGUCAAAGGGGGGCAAUAAUUGUUACCUAAGCGGCACGGAAAACGAGAAUUAUCUUAUUUCAACAAUACGAGAACAAUACACUAAUAGCCUCCCCAUACAAAUUUCUACCUACAUUACAUUUCGAACAAGACAACACACACACACACACACACACACACACA